UAGCCUAAAAGCGAUGCGUGGCGCAUGCAGAAAACUGUUUCCUUGGCAACUUUACGACAGUCAACAGAGUUGUAAAUCAUGGCGGCCGUCGCUGCAGCAAAGGUGCAAGAAGUUCGUGAGAUCACUAGAAUCGAGCGCAUUGGCGCUCAUUCUCACAUUCGAGGUUUGGGACUGGAUGACAGUUUAGAGCCGCGCAAUGUUUCUCAAGGUAUGGUGGGUCAGCUCAUGGCUCGGAGAGCAGCAGGUGUUGUGCUCGAAAUGAUCAAGGAUGGAAAGAUCGCAGGACGAGCAAUUUUGUUGGCUGGACAACCGGGCACUGGUAAAACUGCAAUUGCGAUGGGAAUGGCCCAAGCUCUUGGUCUAGAUACUCCGUUCACGUCAAUGGCAGGCUCGGAGAUUUAUUCCUUAGAAAUGGGUAAAACUGAAGCUUUAACUCAGGCGAUACGAAAAUCAAUUGGAGUGAGAAUCAAAGAGGAAACGGAAAUUAUCGAAGGGGAGGUAGUAGAGAUUCAAGUUGACAGACCAGCUACCGGUGUUGGCGCUAAAGUAGGAAAGUUGACAUUGAAAACAACCGAGAUGGAAACUAUUUACGAUCUGGGCAAUAAAAUGAUUGAUAGCCUGAUGAAGGAAAAGGUACAAGCUGGAGAUGUUAUAACGAUUGAUAAAGCCACUGGAAAAAUCAACAGACUUGGCCGUUCGUUCACACGAGCUCGGGACUACGAUGCGACGGGAUCACAAACCCGUUUUGUUCAAUGCCCAGAAGGAGAGCUCCAAAAACGAAAGGAAGUGGUACAUACGGUUACUUUGCACGAAGUUGACGUUAUUAACAGCAGAACUCACGGAUUUUUGGCACUGUUUUCCGGAGACACGGGGGAAAUAAAGUCUGAAGUACGGGAUCAGAUAAAUGCUAAGGUUGCAGAAUGGCGAGAAGAAGGAAAAGCUGAAAUCGUACCUGGUGUUCUCUUCAUUGAUGAAGUACACAUGCUGGAUAUCGAGUGCUUUUCAUUCCUCAAUAGAGCCCUUGAGAAUGAAAUGGCACCUGUCGUUAUAAUGGCCACUAAUAGAGGAAUCACAAGGAUUAGAGGUACGACUUACAAAAGCCCUCACGGUAUACCGAUUGAUCUGUUGGAUCGAAUGAUCAUCGUGCCCACAAGUCCAUAUCAAGAAAAAGAUCUUAAAGAAAUUCUCAAAAUUAGAUGCGAGGAGGAGGAUUGUGAGAUGGCGGACGAUGCUUUGACAGUAUUGACCAGAAUAGCCUUAGAGACGUCGCUUAGAUACGCUAUUCAGUUGAUCACCACUGCGUCGCUUGUUAGUCGAAAGCGCAAAAGCACUGAGGUCAACAUUGAUGAUGUGAAACGUGUGUAUUCCCUAUUUCUUGACGAGAAUAGAUCUUCACAGUUCUUGAAAGAAUACCAAGAUGAAUUCAUGUUCAAUGAAUUAGAAGAACAAGCUAUGGAAGUUGCACAAUAACUGACUGGAUUCAUCGAGUUUCUUUCUAAAGUUUGAUGGAGUUGACAAAGUCGCACGUUCGGAGUUGAACAAAAAAAUAUAGAUCUACCAACACAGGUAUUGUAAUUCCAGUACAAUUCCUCGUUUCGCCGCGCUGGUUUUGUGUUAUUUACCUUUAUAUGGCGUGCGAAAUUUUGCUAUCAUCACGUACGAGCAUACAAGUAUAUAAAUAAUUACACGACGGUUUAUUAUGAAAUAAUAAAAAAUAUAAAAAAUAUAA